UCAACAGCGUCGUCAUCAUCAACGGUGUCUAUUGGGGCGAUGGCGGCGGAAGCAUCACCGGUGGAGAUAGUCGCGGCGCCAGCAUCAACGGCGGCGCCAGCAUUAACGGUGGCCAUGGCGGCUGCACCUGCCCGACUGGUGUCGAAGGCGGAGAGGCCAGCAUCGAAGCUGGCGAUGGCCGCGGCGCCAUCAUCAACGGUGGCGAUGGAAGAGUCGGCGCCACGAUCAAUGGUGGCGAUUGGAGCGACGGCGUCGGGAUCAAGGUUUGCGAUCGCGGCGCCGGAGGCAUGGACGGGGUCGCCGCGGGACUCUUCGGCGAUCGAGGGGAAAGUAGCGCAGACGUCUAUGUACAUGACUACCAGUGCGCCCAUCGAGGUGCAAGAAGAGCCCAAGGGCAUGGGCGUAGCAAGCCUGUCGAAUGCGCUGGCAGAUCUCCAUCGGAACUACUUCGAGAUGGGAGACAUAAGUCAAGAGAUCGAGGCCUUCUCCAAAACGAUGGUGAACAGGAUCGUCUGUCCGAUGAGCUCAACUGAGUUGAUAAACACGGGGAGGGCGGAGCGGAAGGGGUCUUUCGGAGGAGAGAAGCCGUCGAGUAGAGGUGGCCCUUUGAUCAAAAUGGCCGCUCUUGGUCGACUGGCAGACCUAGGGGAUCUGUACGACGUGCGUGCAGACGCGUUCUUUGCUGACAGGGGAAGCAGUAGAAGCCGACUCUCGUGCACGGACAAUUUCGGCCACGUGUCCAAAGCUUGUCGAUCCAUUCGAAUGUCCCGCGUUGCUGAUGACUCAUUGCUGACUAGGUUUCGAACGCUUGACGUCAACUCUCAGCUCAAGCUCAGCGUUCUUGCCGGUCUUUUCAACCUGGAGGGACCGGGGAGGUAUCUCAUGGAAGGGCUAGGCGGUGGAGAUGGCGGCGGCAGCGGCAGCGGCACGGCCUGGGGUUGUUUCGGCGGCGGCGGCGGCGAAGGAACGGCGAAGGCCACAAUUUUCUGUCAAGUGCUAGCAAGCGAGCACUACCUGGAGGUGUCUCCCUCCUCCUCCCAACAGAUUGCAGACGAGAUAAGCAGUCUGGCUGCUGCUGGGAGCUGGCAUGGAGGGGCAGGGCCAACGCACUUUGUGAGCGGGAUCGUGAGAGGAGCCACCGUCGUGGCGGUCAUCACGGGGCUGGCGAAGGAUGAGGGAUCGAGAACGGCGGUGGAGCUGCAGACAAGGCUCGAUCGACACGUGGCGGCGCUUGAAGCCUCCGUGUGCCACAGGGCUCCUGGCGGGAGCGGGGGGACCACCAUCCCGACCAGCAACGAUGAUGCGGGCUUCGGCAGCGGGCUGCCCCUUCCGCACCUGGAAGAAGGUAAGCCUCGUUGCAAUUCUGGUUUUGGCGGGCUCUUCCAAUCCUCUCAGCGCGGUGGCAUUGGUAUGAGUAGCAUGCCGCCGCCAGCGAGCAUCGAAGACGACGGCGGCUAUGUCGGCAGGUACGGCAGCGGACGCGGCGCCGGAGGGGGAGUCCGCAGAGGUGUGCGCCUCACAGAUCUGUGGAGAGAAACAAGGGGAGGCGGCUCCCGUCAUCUUCUACCUGUCUCCCCUCGCGGACCUGCUGCGCCCUCGCUGGCACUCUUCCAACGACAGUCUACCUCCCUCUCUGGCCGUGCACCGGUCGUCUCUCCAUGCACUGUCGGUCCUUCUGCACCCAACGAGGAGUCCAUUGCCCAGAUCGAGAGGAUCUUUCAGGGAUUGUUCGACCUUGGGGAGCACAUAGACCGCCUUCUUGGACAGAUGCUUGCGUCCAGCAGGUCUUUCGGAGAGCUUGUUGUCUCCAAAGCUCAGCUCGCUGACGUGCGCGACAUGAGGAGGAACCUCAGUUUCCAGCUGAAGCAACUGAGGGAGAGAGUCGCCCAGCUGACCGUCAACAUUCGCGCUGCCGCGGGGGGCAAUCAGGACUCCAUUCCUCUCUUGGAGUUUGUGGAUUGCUUUUGGCACAGCUUCUGCUUGGAUGACCAGCGAAUGUUCUUCGAAAGCGAGUCGAAUCGAAUCAAGCACAGGGAGCUCUUUUUGCAGGACUUGGACCGCAGCGGCAUCGAGUUUGUCCGCCGAGAUGAUGUAAAUGACCAUCAAUCUGUCAUUGCAGACAUCCUUUCCCGUCACAAGGACGACUGCGUGUACGUUAUGGUCAGUUACGACAUGUCGGCGCAAAACGAUGAGCUUUGGGGAAAGAACAUGGAGGUGCUCAAGAGCCUGGUGGUGGAGAGUGAGCGUCGUCGUCGAAAGAGCGGCGGCCGCCUCGGCUAUGGCUGCAAUGGCAGUGGCAACGAGCUGCACAGAGGAGCGAGCAGCAGCACGAACCCCCUUUCUGGGCCAUGCGGUUUCUCACUCGGAAUCGAUGGCUCUGCUGCCCGUGUCUUCCUGUUCCUCGAGCUCGUGCCGUCUGGUUGUGACCAGACUCGCGCUCACCUACCAGAAGAUCCACUCUCAGGAGGAGGAGGAGGAGGAGGAGGAGGAGGAGGAGGAGGAGGCGGAGGAGGAUAUGGCUGCCCGGCGACGAGUUUUCCUCCGCCUGGUGUUGCCGACGCAGGAGAAGGAAGAGGAGGAGAAGGAGGUGGUGGACGAGGAGGAGCUCCGACGACGACGACGAACGCAGCUAUCAGAUUCUGUCGGAUGGGCAAACUGGUUUACGACGACGUCUGGCACACGUGGAAAGAUUUUGCCACAUUGGACGUUGUGAGAUCAAGCCACGUGGAGCCGAGCAAGAGCGAUGAUGAGGCGAGCACGACCACGCACGGUGCCGGAGGUGGUCCCCACCAGGCCUCACCGCUGCGAAUCCGUUGCCCUGGGGCAAUCACUGGCCACUGCCAGUCGUCGGUGAGGACCUGGCACUGCGACAGAUGUGCCGCUCAAGUGGAGUACGGCUGGGACGGCUAUGUCUACUGCGAUUGCGGCCGCUCCCGCCUUUCUUCUCUCAGCUUCCUCUGCCGAGACCACGCGCACGGUGAGGGGUACAUGCGGUACCUUUUGCAAGCUGAUCUUGAGAGGGAGGUGACCCUGAUGCAGAGGAGCCAGGAGAUCAACAUUCUGCUUCUCGGGGAGACAGGAGUGGGCAAGUCGACGUUCAUCAACGCCUUCGCCAACUACCUGAGGUACGACGAGAUGAGCGACGCCGGCGACGAGCUCAUUGCCCUCAUACCGUCACAGUUCACGGUGUGUGGGGUUGAUGAUUACAAGGGGAUCGCCGUGACCAUUGGCUUACGAGAUACCAACGAGGAGCAGGGGGCUGGCAAAUCCUGCACGCAAGCCUGCAAAGCCUAUGUGUUCAACUACGGGGAGCACAAGGUCCGUCUGAUUGACACCCCUGGGAUAGGCGACACACGGGGGAUCGAGCAGGACAAGAAGAACUUCGACAACAUCCUGCGUUUUCUCGGGCACCACAAGUACGUUCACGGCAUCUGCAUCCUUCUUAAGCCUAACAACGCAAGACUGAACGUGAUGUUUCGCUUCUGCAUCAUGGAGCUGCUCAGCCAUAUCCACAAAAGUGCCAAGGACAACAUCGUCUUCGUCUUCACCAACGCCAGGUCCACGUUCUAUCGCCCCGGAGACACGAUGCCGCCGUUGAUGGCGAUGCUCGACAAGGUGCGCGACACCCCUCCGCACGUUCACAUCGAGGUCACCAAGCGCACCAUUUACUGCCUCGACAACGAGUCCUUCCGCUCCUUGGCAGCGGUGAAUGAGGGGGUGUCAUUCACCCUCGAGCAGAUGGACGACUUCCCACAGAGCUGGGUGGUGUCCGUCAGAGAGUGCAGGCGCCUCAUGGAGCGCAUUCGCAGUCUCACACCCCAUCAAGUGCAAGACACGCUGUCCGUGAACGAGGCCCGGCGGCUGAUCCUGCGGCUCUCGAGGCCCCUGGGCGACAUCAGCCGUCUGAUCGAGAUCAACAUCAAGCUCAUCGACGAGAAGAUGAAGCAAGAUGCCUCCUCGAAAAGCACUGUGACUCGCUGCCACGCACCUUGCUAUCUGCGCAACGUGGAGGUGGAGACGCUCAACAACCCGGACCUGCGGAACUGUGGGCCAAUGGGACCGGAGGGGAAGUGCACGAACUGCGGCUGUGAUUGGUCGUACCACAUGCAUGUGAUGGUAGAGACAAAGAUGGUGAAGACCGAUAAGAGGGACGAUAGCAUUGGCAAGAGGAUCCAGACCGAAGAGCAGGCAAGGGCCGAGCUGCAGAGAAUCGUCAAGGAGAUGCAGGACAGGGCAGUGAAGCUGCGCGCCGAGCAGCAGGCCAUCUACAAGACGAGCGCAAGAUUCGCCAUGUUUCUGAAACACAACGCCAUCAGUCCGUACAACGACGCAACGCUCGAGUACCUCAACCACUUGAUAGAGGAGGAGAGGAGCCUUCGGGCUGCGGGGGCGAACAACGCGCAAGUCCUGCACGGGUUAGAGAGACUCCGGGCGGAGUACGGGGAGGAGGUGAAGAUCCUAACGGCGGCGCUGAGCCAUAAGUCAGCUCAGGGCAACUCUUCUGAGGAGUCCGGGGGUGCCAGGAUUUCUCCGGAGGAAAUCCACAAGAGCGUGCAGAGCCUUUUCGAUCUCGAGAUCAACGGCCCGGCAAUCAAGGACGCAAUGGAGAAGAUGGAGAGGGCAACGGCUUCACACUUCGCCUACAGGGAAACGGUCGUCAGGGCACCAUCGAGGGGUCUGCUUACCAGCAGAAAAGCCCAGCAGCACACACCAAGAAAGGGCACAGGCCAUUGGUUUCCACCAGUCUUUGGUGCACACAGGCAAGACCCGACAAGGCACGGGCAAGCAACCAACUUCUCCAGACCAGGAGCUGCCCACUACGGCCCAGGCUAUCAUGGUCGAGAGGGAGCACACAGGGACACCAGAAGUCAUUAUGCUGGAGACUCCUACCAUGGCCAGGUGGGAACCUCCAGGCAACAGAGUGCUUAUGGAGGAAGCAUGCAUGGACAACCUCAGUAUGCUCAUAUGGGUUCCGGUAGGCAGUCGAUGAUGUCGAGGUUCGAAUCAUCACCAUGGGGAUGACCAAGUUCCAGCAGUAGCAAUACCCGUUACCCAAG